AUGAUGAUAGUCGAGAGUGCGCUGAAUGUCGCCCCUAAUAAUAGCGAAAGUGGUACAGGGAACACUUGGAACCAGUGGUCAUCAAGUGCUCCGUAUCUUAUGCGAAAUGGGUCCUUGGCCGCUCCCUUUAAGGAUCUGACCUACAAUAUUUUAAGUGGCGAAGCCAGCAACCUCCACUAUCUUGACGGCGCUCGUGCCUGCUCGGCCGACGGGACAACAGCCUAUUUUUACAUGAUCAGCCAAACACUAACUCCGGCCUAUGCAUGGGGCACCUACGUUCCUAUUACAGGAGCGAAGAACGUUGGCAGCUACGGUCUUGACCUCAGCAAGAUGGGCGGGGCAGCGGAUUGGAUCAGUUCCAAAUAUCAGUCUACGCGGGGAUACACGCCACAAUUUUCACCUACGGGAAUACUCAACGAUCUCACGGGCAGCGAUCCUGUUCCGUACGGUCUCUUUAUUAACCUUCCCGUGUUGAAAGCAGACGGCAUCGCUCCCCCGGACAUCUACUCUAUGGGUGGUGAAGAUGGAACUCCCAAGGAAAUUCUUAUGAUGGAAGUGCUGAGCGAACUCCCAUACCUCAAGGAUUGGGCAUAUCCAGAUUCUGUGACUCCAUAG